GAUAGAGAACUCAUUCUCAUUUACAACAACGAUCUGGCCAAGAGGCAGCAGCAACAGACACAUAAUUAGCUUUACAUCAAAGAAAAACAAAUGAGAUAAAAACAAACUAGAUUAAAAUAAAGUAAAUUACAAAAUUAUUAUAACAGGUGUAAAACUAACUUGUCUUUACUUUAAGUAAUUGUUUGAGGAAGAUAUCACAUGUUAUGUGUGUUUUAUUAGUCCCAUUCUGAACACACAGGUGUGUUUUAUUCUGCUCCAGCAGGUGGCGCUAGUGCACCUUUACGCUGGUCACCGACCACCUGAAGAAGCAGAAACCGGAAGCUGCUAGCUGAGCUAGCUUGUUGUUCUGGUGUGUGAGGAGAACAUUUGAGGCUCUGCAGUAAAAAUGUCUUCACUUCAGUCUCUGGGAGAGUUGAUCAGCUAAAGCGACUAACUGCUGCUGCUGCAGAAAUCUUCUCACCAGGCUGUGGAAACUUUCUUUUCCUCCUCAACAACUUGGUGGAGUUCUUUCCAGAAGCAGAGAAGAUAUUCUGCGGUCUUCGUGACAAUCGGAGCUCCAGAAUCAGGUUGUGGAUUGAAGAGGUUCCCUCUAUCAGACUCGCUCAUCUGAGUUGGUCAUGAUGCAGGAUCGCUGCUCGCUCUCUCAUCCAUCCUGCUCACACUCUCCGACGGAAAAGCCCCGAAUCUGAAUGUGACUCUGGAGGAAAAAGCGGUUAGCUCUACUCCGUGAACUCUGCUGUUAGCUAAACACGGCUAAAGAAAACCUGCUACCACUUCAGGAUCAUCCAUCAGCUGGGACUGAUUCAUCGUGUGUUCUUCACCACCUGGACCUGGACAGCAUGGACACAGAUGUUCAACAGCUGGUGCUGGUUAAAGAAGAAGAUCCUGAAGAACAGAGUGCUGGUGUGGACCAGCAGGACCCAGAACACCUCCACAUAAAGGAGGAACAGGAGGAGCUCUGGACCAGUCUGGAGGGAGAGCAUCUCUGUUUGAAGGAGGAGACUGAAGCUGUCGGGUCUCCUGUUACUGCUGUUUCUAUAAAGAGUGAGGAUGAUGAAGAGAAACCUCUGGUCUCACAGCUUCAUCAGCAGCAAAUAGAAGACAGAGAUGUUCCAACCAGCAGCUCAGCUGACCAGAUGACCGCAGAAACUGGUGGAGGAGCAGGAACUAGCAGGAACCCAGAUCUGAACCCUCAUGAACAAACAUCUGAUUCUUCAGAGACUGAAGUUAGUGGAGAUGAUGAUGAUGAAGAUGAUGAUGAUGAUGAUGAUGUGAAUCUGGACUCUGAGCUGUCAGACUCUGGGUCUGAAACUGGAGAUGAAGAUGAUGAUGAUGAUGAUGAUGUGAAUCUGGACUCUGAGCUGUCAGACUCUGGGUCUGAAACUGGAGAUGAAGAUGAUGACUGGAAUGAGAGCAGGUCUUCUGAGUCAGAUGGUAAGUCUGUCAACAAGUUCUUCACAAGUGGUCUCUCCAGAGACACGUGAGGGAGACGAGUCAUCCAGCAGUCAGGUCUUCAGGCUGUUUGGUUCAUAAGAAAUGUGUUAGAGUGAAGCAACAUGUAGACUCGUGCAGGAAAGUCCAGAAGAAACCUAAAUCAUUUAGUCAUGAUGACUGGAGAAAGGUUUACUACAAAUGUAAACAAACAAAUCACAUGAGAGUCCACACAUAGCAGCUGCUGUUCCAGAGUAUGGGCCAGCCUCAUCCCACCCAUACUCUGCUUCUGGCCGCUAACAAGAUGGCGCCUGUGUUUGGAAUAGCCACAGGUCCGUUUCCACAUUCCCGCCUGGCCACGGGGCAGCGCCGUGUCUCCGUCCAUGUUUCCUCGGGUCUGUUUAUCCUGGUUCUUCAGUGGUUUCCCUUCCUGUUCCCUCCAUGAGUGGACUUUACACACCGUGGAUCUGACCUGCUAACUCCAGCUGUUUCUGCUUCUGGCAGGAUCCUGGUGUAGGUACCCAGGGAGUCCAGAUGCUGCAAGAUGAAGUGUAGAGCCAUGCUGAUGGUGUAACGUGAUGGAAGUGGUUACUUUUACUGAAUGAUCAAUAAGAUGUGAUAUUCCAUCUAAUUAUAAAUGAUCAAUCUUAUUGGUCUUUGAAUAUUUGAUUUAAUACGACCUUAGGAACACACACUUAAUAUUAAUUCAGACAGAUUCAAGAAUAUAGUUUAUAAAAAUGAGUUUAAUUCUAUAUUUCUAAACUAAUGAUUACAUGACUGUUAGGGAUUGUAUCAAUAACCCAAUACCUGCAGCUGGAGAGAGAGGAGAGACAAUAAGCAGACAAGUCACCAAACUGCAAUCAGGGGCAGAAGCUUGGGGAGAAAUUAUGACACGUCUCUAAAUAAAAUAAAAUUUUCUAGUGCAGAGUGGAGACAACCCAUAGAAGCACUGAUUUGAUCUCAUUUCAGAGAAAAAUAGAACAGGUUAGAUGCACCUAAUAAAUAAAAUUAUAACAAACUCAGGAAUCUGUUUCUUUGCUUCACUGUUCUGGUGCUGAGAAUAUCACUAAUGCGGAUCAAAGGAGAUCCACAGAUGAAUGCACCUCUUAUUUAUUAUUUGGAGACUACAUUUACUGCAGCUGGCAGAGGCAGAGAUUUUUUCUAUUGAUACACUGAAUUUACAGAAUCAUUUUAAAUGUUAAUAGGGGAAGACUGCAGGAGGGAGCGGUAAAAUACAGGGGGUCCCCAGCAAAAACAAGAAACUUUACGAGUCUGAUGAAACCCGCUGGUUUUCCAUCAGGCAGUCACGGGGCAGCUCCAACGACCCAGUGGCUGUGCUGGGUCAAUGUUAUCGAGCUCAGUCGAGGCGACGUCGUGCUCUGCUUAAGAAGAGGUGUUAUUUUCCCGCUUCAGAAGAAGAGUCCAACGUGUUUUUACGCUUUCUCCGAGACAUGUCACGUCGCUAAGUUGUUAGCGCCGCGCGCUAACACGUCAAUAGUGCAGCGUAGCCUGCUGGAGGUUUUAAGGGUUCAGAUGAAAACACCCGACCUCUCAGGCUGCUCACACAUCGAUCUUAAGUUGUCGCUGUUGAGCUCACAUCGUAAUACAGUAUUAGAUGCGGUUAAAGUCAGACAUGAAAAAAUAAAUAAAUUUUACAUGAUGUAGCGUAAUGGUUGUUGGCUAUUUUAUGAAAGAUGAACCAUUCUACAUAAUAAUCUGGAAUAUUAAUUUUUAACAAAUUAAUAACCAAAUGUUAUAAAGAUAAGAAGACUCAAAGGUUGUUUUCAUCGAUAAACUGACGAUCAUAUCCGUUUGUUUGUGUUUCAUUUCAAUGAAAAGGCGAGUUUAAAUUUUAAGAGAUUUAUUUCUUCAAUUUAAACUAACGAUUUGAAAUGAUAAUCAAAGGAAAAACAAUCAACAUGGGCAACCUUGUUGGACAAUCUUUAACAGUUGAUAUUUUAAGCUUGCUCAAACAGACCUUGUGUUGGUUGGGCUAAAUUUGAGGAUGAUGGAAUUAUGAAUGCGUGCAGGCAGGUGUCUGAGAUUGCUUCAGGGAGAGAGAAGGUGAACUGAGUGAAAAAUGAUGUUUUGCAAUUAAACUUUAGUUCUUAUUAGAAAAACAGCAUCAGAACGCUAUCUAUCGUGUUCUGCCUCACCGAACUUAGGACCCCCUUUUAGAUCCGGACCUCGGAGGAUGUGUUAUCCAGAUGACACCUUGGCUGGCAGAGAAGACAAAGGUAUGCGACGGUCCAGUCCCGGGUUGACCUCGGUACACAUUGCUGAAGCGUUUCGGCAGAUGCGCUUUCUCAUGUUUAAAUUAACUCAGAAAUCAAAAGACUCUGGGACGAGUCUGCGUUAGCUGGUUGCAUUUUAGCUAUUCUGUCUGGCUUGACAGAAAUAGCGUGGGGGG